AUGGUGCGAGGCACUGCAGUGAAUUUAUCAGCAUUCAUUUUUAGGGUCACCAGAGGAAGUUUGCAGGGUCUCACCCAGAAAUCCAAGGCAGCUUCAGAGGAGAGUGUGAACUCAACAGAAUUCGUCCACCCGUAUAACCGCACCCAGUACUGUCACUGGCCUUGCCAGUGUCCGAAGCGCACGCCUAGGUGUCCACCCGGAGUUAGCUUGGUAAUGGAUGGCUGUGAAUGUUGUAAGGCAUGUGCCAAGCAGCUGGGAGAGAACUGCACAGAGGCAGACACCUGCGAUUACCACAAAGGGCUGUACUGUGACUAUAGUCGGGAUGCCCCUAAGUAUGAAGUAGGAUUGUGCGCGUAUGUGGUUGGAGUAGGAUGCGAGCUCAACGGGGUCAUGUAUUCCAAUGGCCAAAGCUUUCAACCCAACUGCAAGUACAAAUGUACAUGUGUAAACGGUGCAAUUGGUUGUAUCCCUGUGUGCCGGCAGUCCCGACCUCCACUUGUCUGGUGUCAGAAUCCCAAGCGUGUUAAAAUGCCAGGAAAAUGCUGUGAACAGUGGUUCUGCGAUGAAUCAAAGAAGCUAAAGAAGACUGCCCCUCGUCAUGUGUCCCUGUCAGCUUACACAGGUGAGUCAGAAGUGUGGCGCCGUAAUUGCUUAGUGCAAACUACACCCUGGACUGCCUGCUCGGCAUCUUGCGGAAUGGGAAUAUCUACAAGGAUUUCAAACGAAAACGACCAGUGCAAACUAGCAAAAGAAAGGCGCCUUUGCUAUUUACGUCCCUGCAAUGUUAACAUUACGCAACAUAUCAAGGAAGGGAAGACAUGCUUGAGUGUUCUCAAGCAAGCAGAACCAAAGAACUUCACAUUGUCUGGCUGUGUGAGCCGUCGCACCUACCGGCCAAAGUAUUGUGGUGUCUGCAAAGAUGACCGAUGCUGUACUCCCCUCAAGUCAAAGACCAUUGAGGUGAAUUUUGACUGUCCCGAUGGCCUGAGCUUCUCCAAGAAUCUGAUGUGGAUAAACUCCUGUUUUUGCAACUUGAGGUGCAAGAAUCCGAACGACAUUUUUGCAGACCUGUCAUACUAUCUUGACUACUCUGAAAUCUCAAAUUAACUCAAAUUGAAAUGUAUGUUUUUCCAUUGACUGAUGAUAAAAGAGAUGGGAAGAUACAUAUAUGUGUUUUCACCUUGUGGUAACGAUGGCAAUCUCAUGCCUGUUUUCAGUGAGUUAGUUGCCUGAAAAUUACAAGUUCCCAAUCUGUGCUCAAAGAAAUUAGUUUGUUUUGUAGAAAAUUAUAAAUUUAUUUCAUUUAUGAAAAUGUCCAACAGGAAUUAUUAGGAAAAUAUUAUUUACUGUGAUGUCACUUUAAUAGUUAGAUCAACAUCCAGAUUGUAAAGGUUGCAUUGCAAGCCAGCCAUUUGUCUGAAAAGAAAAGUGCAUUCCACUAAAUAACCCUAUUAUUAAUUAAAUUAUUGUUACUGGUUUCUUAAAACCACUUUCCCAAUUUUUAUCAAUUGGUAGGAAUCUUACUUCUGAGUUCCAAAGCUGUCGGUAGAAGGUAGUUGAAAGCUAUUUUAGGGGAAAGUUCCAUACAUUGCUGAGAGAGGUCAACAUUAAUCUGCUGAAAGUUUAACCUGUGGUCUUGACUUUCAGUUCAAGUAAAAAUAUUAUUAACAGCCAAUGAUGUUAGCUAUAGUUUAGCAGUAACACUUUCAAGAGACUGUAUGGCCUAUUCCUGCUUUUGUUUCUUAUGUUCUUAUACUGAGAUCAAUUAAUUUAGCACACAUCUAUGGUCUUAAAAUUCAAGAAUAUAGUAAAAUAUAUUUAACAAUCAAAUUUGUUUUUGGCUGUGAUGCCCUGUGGGAUGUUUUAUUCCCAGAAUUUAAGAACUUUUGCUGUUGGUGAGGAUUGUUCCUUGCUCAGCUGAAGGAGGUUUGAAACUUAGCCCCGGGGAAUAGAUCAGAAUUGUACAAAGCAAAAUUCAAGCAUUUCUAACUGUCAUUCAGGCCUUCACAGCACAGUGCCUCCGUACAUUUCCCAUGGAAUGGUCACAGCCUUAAAAGAAAGCCAUUCAGUCCCUCCUUACCAUGUUAGCUAUCUGCAAGAGCAGCUCAGCUAGUUCCACUCACCCACCCCGCCAUCUUUUCCACACAGGGAAAUUUAUUCAAAAUAAAUGGCAAGUGCACAGGAUUGAAACACUCCCCAAACCAAAUCUAUUGUGCAUUACUGUAGCAAUGUGCCCAGAUGAAAUCAACCUCAUUUGAGUCUAAAAGUGGCAAAAAAAAACCUCUUACUCACACAACACUUUGAACUGAGGUUCACAGCUUGUGAGUUAGUUAGCAGUUCAAAUGGAAGGUCACUGGAGAACUGAUUGGCCCCAUUUCGUUCCACAGAUUCUGCCUGACCUGAAAUUUUCCAGCAUUAUUUUUCUUGUUUCAGAUCCUAGCACCCACCAUAUUUUGCUUUUAUUUAAAUUACUAGAAAGUAUUGUGGUGAUUUGGUCACAGGUCUAACAGUACGACAUCAGGCACUUAUAAAAUCAAAAGGGUUAAAAAAAAGGAUUAAAGUUGUCUGUCUACCCCAUGAACUUUGACUAUGAGUAAAAAUAAAAAUGUGUUGGAAAGAUUUCCAGACAGCUGCAGAUGUCAGGAGAUCUUAUCACCUAUUAAUGAGCAUGAUCAGAUUUAGAAAAGAGCUGUCAGACCUUCAUUUACCGGCCUCUGCAGAGAUACGUUUUGCAAUGUACUCAUCUCACAAAUUCUUCUUGCUUGAAAAUGACAACCAAUUUGCAAAGUCAAGUUAUUUAACUAGUUGCUAAAAUGCCAUCACAGUGCUUUUUUUUGUCCCUAAUCGAACCCCAGGAUCAAAUAACAUAAACUGAAAUGGAUGCAAUUAAGACUGACAGGACUUACCUUAGACUUAAGAUGGUGAUUCCUCUGUUUGAAAAAUGAUGUUAUUUCACUAACAAAGGUGCUAUAAGAUUUAUGACUUUCGAGCUUAAGCUACAGUUAGGUACUGAUCACUUUGAAAGCAGAAGGUCAUUCUGUGGAAAAAAUAUUUUAAACCCAGUCACAUCCUGGUGGAUUUUUGGAGAUGUUGGAGACAAUAAAACAGCAAUUGCUAAGGACAUAAAAAGUAUGUGGAUAAACAAAGAGACUUUUUGAUGCAGUCACUUUAAUAAUUUUGAUUUUCGUCCAAACAAUCCAUAUUGAGAUGAUAAAAGUCUAACCAUUAACAUGAAAUGUGCCUUCCUGACGCCUCACCUCACAACAUUGUAAUAUUGUUAUCAGAUAUUUUGAUUGAGUUUUGCAGUGGAAAUGCCACAUUCAAACUUGAGCCAUGAUUCUCAUCCGUCAUUCCCUGGUAAAAGAUGACAAACUAAGAGUGGAAAGCACUCAGAGAUUGGUAGGACAGAAGUAAACAAACAAAGAUUAUUGAAAAUAAAUAAUGUGAGCGGUGAGUAAAUGUCCACCUUAUACUUGUGUUCCUCUCCCCUCACUGUGGCUGCUUUCUUCUUAAAAUCCAUGAGAUGAAAUAGUUUCACUGCUCAACGUCAUGGUGCUUCAACACAGAAUGAAAGUGAAAUGAAUCAAAAAAGUGUAUAAUUUCUUAUCAGGGAUACAAUACUAUAUAUGUAAAGGGAUGCUUUAAUAAAGAAAAUCUAUUUAAUUCCA